GACCCCCCCCCCCCGCUCUCCCCGAUCGCCGCUGGCGGGGUCAUGGAGGCACUGAGCCCCGGAGGCGGGUAGCCAGCCAGGGCGCACCUACCCAACCUCGCCGCGCCCAGGCGCGCUCCUCUCUCCAGCUUCCUCCCGGCCGGGCCAGCGGCUCCACCUCUUCCUUUGCCUCUUUGAGCCGCUUAAUUCCCAGCAAGCGAUUAGCAGGCUCGGAUCGGAUCCUGCGGCAGGCGGCGCCUCCACCUCCUCCUCCCGGCUUUGCUGCUGCUGCGCGGCUCUUUUCCCUCCACCGACGGCGCGCUGCGCCUUGGAGAGGUUCCCGCUUCCUCGAGGGGGGCCGGCCAAAGGGAGACGACGACCCCCCACCCCCAUCCCAACCAAGCCUCGAUUGCUUGUCCCUCCCCUCUGAAGACAGGUCGCCGAGGCGGCUGCUGCUGCUUCACUCUCUUCUCUUCGCCCCCCGAGGGGUCUUUGAAUUCUCUCCGCGCGCCCUUGGCUCUCCUUUCGCCCGCGCGCGCAAAAACGGGGGGGAAAAGUUCCCGGCGAGGGAAAGGCGCACGUGGGAAAGGGAAACGAGAGAGAGAACCCGGGUGCGAUGACGCGUGGCUGGUGUUUGAAGGACGGGGAGGGGUGAACGACGCCCUUCUUUCUCUCUCCCUCCCCCGGGAAAAAAAGUCGACGUUGGGUUUGUGUAUCCGCGCGGGGAGUGUCUUCCCCAUCCCGCCCAGAUCCGGGGAGAGAAGCGAGACUCCGGUCCGUCAUGGUGAUCCGGUGAUGAGCUGUGGGAAUAUGCAAGAUGGCUGACCAGAGUAACAUCCAAUCGGCGGCUUCCAAGAGCAUCCGCCCCUUCCGCUCCAGCGAGGAGUAUCUCUAUGCCAUGAAGGAGGACCUGGCCGAGUGGCUCAACACCCUCUAUGACCUCGACGUCCAAGUGGAGAACUUCAUGGAUGUCUUGGAGACCGGCUACGACCUCUGCCAGCACGCCAACAACGUCAACCGCAUUGCGCUGGAGUUCCAGCAGCUGCACCCGGAGGCGGCGGCUCGCAUGAGGAUCCCGCAGAAGGAGGUGGUCUUCCAGGCCAAGAAUGUCAUGCCAGGCUCCUUCAUCGCCAGGGACAACAUCUCCAACUUCAUCCAGUGGUGCCGCCAGGAGCUGGGCAUCCAGGAUGUCGUGAUGUUUGAGACCAACGACCUGGUGCUGAAGAAGAACGAGAAGAACUUCGUCCUUUGCCUCCUGGAGGUGGCCAGGAAGGGCUCCAAGUUUGGGAUGCUGGCUCCCAUGCUCAUCCAGAUGGAGGAGGAGAUCGAGGAGGAGAUGAGAGACCAGGUGGCCUAUGGUGAGCUGGAGACGGAGGAGGCGAGCGAAGUCCUGGGGCCCAAGUCUCCUGUUUACCCGAGCAGAAGCCAGAGGAUAACUUUGUGUGACCUCAAGAACCUGGAUGAGCUGGUAAGAGAGAUCCUGGGCCAUUGCACCUGCCCAUCCCAGUUUCCCAUGAUCAAAGUCUCAGAGGGUAAAUAUAAAGUGGGAGACUCCAACGCCCUGAUCUUUGUUCGAGUGCUGAGGAACCACGUGAUGGUCCGGGUCGGCGGUGGCUGGGACACCCUGGAACACUACCUGGACAAGCACGAUCCGUGCCGCUGCGCCUCUUUCUCCCACCGCCUGAACCAGACCCGGGGGCUCGGAUUCUCCCCCCAGAAGACGGCGACUCCAGGCAGUCCCCAGACAGGCAGCCCCAGCGCCCAGCGCCGGGCUGAAGCCAUGAGCCAGCACAAGCUCUCCGAACCGCUCCGUGGCGGGGAUAAGCGGCUCUCCGCUGGAGGGGACCCGAGCCACACGAAAGGGACCCGCCCCGGACACCCGACUAAGGGAGCCGGAGGAGACCACACCCCUCCACGGCAGGUGCCGGGGGCUCCUUUGACCGCGAAGCACGACGGGCUGCCCGCAAGGUCUGGCCACAGCUCUGCCAGCCCACUGAGGGGGCCCACGGUUCACCGGGACACCUGUGACUUGCGGCUGUCCAACACCCUCAGGCCCCCCAGAGCCCGGCGUCUUUCUGGAGACAGCGAUUCCUCUGCGUCCUCCGCGCAGAGCGGCACUCCAGGGAAGCGGCACAACGAAGAUGGCGGCAGCAGCGGCCCAGCACUCAGGAAGGAGCCCGUGCGGCGGCUGGGCGAAGGGACCGGCCCUCAGGCCCACGCCAGCCCGAAGAGGCAGCCGGCCAGCCGCAGCCAGUCACGAGACCGGGUGGGCUUGCCAAGGCCAUCUCCGGCACCCCGGAGGACUGAGGCGGAAGAACGCGGCCGCCCCCGGAUGGCCAAUGGGCACCUCAAGACGUCCGUGCAGCAGAGCCCUCGCCCGCGGGCACGAAGCCAGGGGAGGCCCACCGGGGAGCCCACCAUGCUGGUCAUCAGCCGAGGUAAGGACGGGCAGCACUCUUGGGUGCGGGCCGAAGACCCCAAGGAGAGGCCCGGCGGCUCUGGAAGAAGCACCCCCAGGACCAAGAGCCCAGCCAGGUGGGCACCAGGGACCCCGGUGGGGUCUCGGAGCCCGGCACUCGCCAACCGCAGGGGGUCUCUCCCCGCCACAAAAACAACAGACCCCCCGCCGCGGACACCGCCUCCCUCAGCCUGCGGGACUCAGAGGCAGAAGCAGCCAGCUUUGGGGGGAUCCCGUGGGGCCACGAGGCAGCAGCCCCGGCCUGGUGGGAGCGAGCACUCGCGGCAGCCCUCAGACAGUUUAGGACGGGAGCUGGAAGAGCUGGCUCACACCUUCCGGACCCCUUUGCGCCUGGACCCGAGCCAGGAACAGCAGCUGUUCCGGCGACUGGAGGAAGAGUUCCUGGCCAACUCCCAAAUGAUGGGCCUGGUGGUAGACGGAGAGCCAGAGCAGUUAGAGCCUCUGGGCCGGGCCUGUGACGGCCCACGCAUCCUGCAAACCACCCCAGAUCAAGGAGCCGCCGACUCGGCCUACUGCUCCUCCAGCUCGUCCUCGUCGUCCCUCAACUUUUUCAGCAAGUACGGCCUCCCGGGCGAGGCGAAAGAUGAGCCCAAGAGGAACGCCGCCUCCCAGAGGCCGGGGGUCCCUGAAGCGGGCACCGCGGUUCCCCCCGACUUCCACAACGGCUCGGCUGACACCUGCGACCUGUGGGACUCGCCGGUGCCUCUGGAGCGAGCCACACGCUGGAGGAAGCCGGCUCUGUCCAGCUCCUCGGACGAGAGCAAUUGCUACAUCGGCCUGAACGACCUGCAGGAAGUCCAGGAAGGGGCGGAGCUUCCCGAGCUUCUGUCGGACAGCCCCUGGGGCGUCAUGGAGGCAGCCGAUGCGCACCUGGGCUCUCCGCCCCGCGAGGCCGCCGAGGGGUCCCCCGGGGGCCCCGCUCCCUCUGAGGAAGUCGUGCUGCGCCCGAAGCCGUCCCUCAAGAAACCCGACCGUGUGCCUUCCAUCUACAAACUCAAGCUGCGCCCCAUGAUCAAGCCUCGCACCGACUCCCAGCCGGACAAGACCCCUUCGAAAAUCCCCACGCCCCUCAGCUACAAGGCGGCUGGGGUUGGCAAGUCUCCAGCAGGGGGCGCCUCGCCCAAGGACAGUCCUUCCAAGCGACCUCCAGAGCAGUACCGACCUUGGGCAGCCUUCCACAACGUCUUCGCCUCCCUUGUGGAGCCUUCCCACAGCCCGGCGGACUCCGGGGUGGCCGACGAAGGCGCCUGGGCAUGAGGGGUGCCGGAGGGCAACCCUUCUGCCUCCUCUCUCCUACCCGGCUGCUUCCUUCCCCGUCCCUCGGGCACCGCUCCUUCGGUGACCUCAAUAUUGCUGCUGUUCUGAAAGGAUUGUGUGGAUUGAGAUGCCUUUAAUUUCUAAGGUGGUUCUUCCAUUGGGGUUUGUUUUAAAUUGUGGCUGGAGAGUGGCAUGGCUUUUUAGCAAAUUUGCGUGUAUGUGUGUGUGAGAGAGAGUGAGAAGCUUUCAGGAGAAAGUCCUUGGACACUGGAUAACACAGCGAGGAGCUUCUGACAUGUUCUGAUAUUUUCUCGCAUCGGCCGUUGUAAAAUUCUUUUGAGUUGGCUUUGGUCGCCUUCCAACCCCCCACCCCCCAGUCUUCCAAAUCGAGUAGCACUUUUGACCUCUAAACCUCUUGCUCCCUUCUCAUUUAACCCAUGCUAUAGACCCUUGGGAAUCUUGCAGAUAGUGGUGACUUGAAGUGGGAAGGCGUUUAAUGUGCACAGGAUGGGGGAGGCCCCACACAGAGAUAUGUGGGAGCCGCUCCCCACU